AUGCAGGUGGCCUCUGUGCAAGGGAAAAAGGACCUUGGUACCCAAACUCGCUGGGCCCAGAAGUCCCUAAAUCCAGCAGGCUCCAGGGUUGCAUGUUCACCCAAGCAGAGCAAGCUGCGGUACGCUGCAGAGAGCCUGCAGGACCCGUGUGGUCUCCGUGAGGGGCUGGCGUAUCUCCAGAUGCCAGCAACCCUGGAGCUGAAGAAGCAAACAUUGGCUUGCCAGAACUGCUCCGGGAGGGCCUUUGAGCACCACGAGCCGCCAGCCUCGUCGCGGCGGCUGGAGGAGGCACCGUCGACGACGCCGGGAGCCCCUCGGCACCAUGCGACGCCGGGUCCCGCCGUGGGGCUGGCUGCUCUGGGGGCUCUGGGCGCUGCCGGCGGGUCGGCGGAGCAGCCCCUGGCACAGCCCGGCGGCCUCUCCCCGGCGGCCGAAGGCGCCAGCGCCGAGCUACGUCCAGACGCGUCCCCCGCCAUGGCCAAACUGGGAAUAUGCGAGGCGUUCCCCGAGGCAGCGGUGAUCCAGCCCGGGCACCCGCCUCCCUCCAGCCGGACCAGCUCUGGAGGUGGCCGGGGCUCAGGUGACGCCGGCCCCGUCCCAGGUGACGUGGUGGCGCAGGGUGCAGGAGCGGCGGUCCCAGCUGGGACCAGCAAGGCGGGGAAGGUGCCUCCCAGUACAGCGGCAGCCCCUGGGCUUGCUGAGGGUCUAGGCAUCCCCACUGAAGAGCGGACGGGCACACUGCCACCCUCGAACAGCGGCACUGAUCUUGAGCAGGCCCUGGAAGCACCUAGAGCAGCUCCGGAGAGCAUGGCUGGAGUGCUGGCCCCGGCGACAGCUGUCCGUAUCCUAGAGGGAAUCAUAGUGAAGCCAAGUGCAGGUGCUAUAGGCCCACUGAAAGGGGCCUUCCCAAAACCAGGUGGAGGCACGUCCCCCCCAAUUGCACAAACCCUCGUCGUUGACCCAGUGCUGGGGUCAAAAGCGUCUUCCUUGGUCCCUGGCGAAGUCUCCGAUGCUAAUGGUUUGGUCCAGCUGGAUGAUGUUAUCGCUAUGGAAGGGACACUGGGGACAGCGCAGACCACGGCACUGUCUCAUAUCAAAUCAGGCAUGGGGUUUUCACCUUCUGCUAUCAGCAGGAGCGCUGCAGCAUCCCACACAGCUGCUGAGCUCCUGUCCCAGGAGAUCACGUCGGAGCUGGACAAGGGCGCCUCCCCUCCCACCGCAGGGGCCGGCGUCUCACUUGCUUCCUCUCUGUACACGGGCAUUGCCGUGGGGCCAACUGCAGGCCCACCUGGUGGUGCUGCUAACCCCCCGACGCCAGCAGCCCCCGUCGCAUCCCCUCAUGCAGUGGCAGGAGGAAUAGAGGGGGUGACGCCACCAUUUCCAGACCCUGUAAGUGCUCCCUCAGCGAGGGCCGUCUUCUCUCCUGUCAGCAGGACUACAAAGCCAGGGACAACUGCCUUACCUGCAGCCAACCGUGAUGCCUCCCAGAAGUUCCCGACACACCCCACUCAGCCACCUCCAGCCAUUUCUCCUGCAAGCCUUGGUGGUGCCACAGUGGAGCUGGUAGCAAGUGCCUCCCCUGUCCCAUCAACCACGGAGUCAAGCGAAGGAGCGCCAUCACCUGCCAGCAAUGACACAGACCCUGGCCAAGGGACAACGCACUCAUACUCACAUGGGACAAAUGUAACUGCUGGAGACAGGCCACCUAGAGCCAGCACCCCGCUCUGUGCUACUACACCAACUCUGGACACAGCAGCCACAGCCACUGGUGGGCACCUCAUUGACCCAGCUGUCAACUUCUCUUCCUCCAAUGUGGAAGUAACUACUGUAAAGCAUGUCCCUACUGGAUCAUUUCCAGCCCCAGAAAAGGCUGCCACUGAGCUGGUCUCCAGUACAAGUAAGCCCAUCUCCAGAGCAGCAACGGGCACUGCUUCCCCGAGGACCGCAAAUACCCCAACAGGGAUGGGCAUGGCACCACUUCCCAGCACCGCUGGAAGUGCCCCGGCUACUGGCGCAGCAUUUCCCAGUGAUCCCAGUACCAUCACUGGGCCGAUGAGCAUCCUCUCCACUGAGCCACAUGGUGGUCCCUCUCCUGGGCCCUUCACAGGCAUGGCGUCCUCCCUCGGAGACCCUGUUGGGGAUCUGCCCACCACAAUGGCCUUUACAGGCUCCGGUGCCACCUCAGUGGAAGCAGCUGCAGGUGAAUCCUCUUCGGCAAGACUCAGCACAGCGACAUCCUUGCUCCUCUCUGGAAACAGUGCUGGAAAAGCACAGAUAGAUGUGUCCUCUGAAGCCACUGCAGCACCAUCUUCCCUCAGCAGGUACAGCAAGAAGACCAGCCCAGCUACAGACCUGUCCUCCUUCAUUACCACGAGUCCAAUCAGUGAAGUAGGUCCAGCCUUUGGAAAUACCCCUGCUGAGGAAGGUCUGAGUGCAUCUUCCGAAGCGGCGAGAUAUUCCCCUGGGCCAGACACUGCAAUGCCCUGGGAUGCCAGCCCCAUGCCUGCUCUGCAUGACACAUCUCCCGGCCUUGACAGUGGCCACCUGGAGCCAGCUGUGGGCUCACCACUGCCAGCAGUCAGCAUCACGCGUGACUCUGCACCAUCCAAAGUGCCCAGAAAUGGACCUGUGAGUGAAUCAGCACUCCAUGGGCCUUCGCUGCUCCUCACGCCAUCCUCAGGCACGACUGCUCUCAUUUUAGUCACCAGCAGCAGCAACCCAGACCUAGGCUCUUCUCCAGCCAAAACCAAGGUCUCUGUCAGACUCUCCUCCCCAUCCAGAGAUGUCACUUUUAACCCACCCACAGCCACAGCUGCUCUGGGUAUGGACGCUGUGAUGCCGCUGGUGCCUCAACAUUUCUCAGCCCCAAAUGCAGAUGUUACCAGCGAGCCAGUUCCAUACGCAUACAUGCCACACCGCAAUGCCACCAGCCCUCCACCCACCUCCAGUAGUUCCACUGUCCCCACUGGUGGGGAGACCUGGUCACGCCUGGCUGAAGAAGACCUGGCAGGGCAGUCCCAGGGUCUGAGCACAGAUGAACCAGGUGCAGGAGCUGCUGCCCCAGUCCCCAGCCCUGGGAAGCAACACGAUCCCACGGUGUCCCCUCCAGCCUCCAGCAGUGUUGUUCCCACCACCAUUCUGCAAGCAACAGCAACAGCUUCUGAACCCACGGAAGGCAUAACUGCAGCAGCAACCACCAUCGACCUUGUGGGAGCAGUCGGCAUGCUGGAGACAGCCAGACCCAGUAGUGCAGCUGCAGCAUCACGUGCAGGUGACCUCCCUCUCCUGAAUGACAGUCCCACCACAGGGCCACUCCUGGAGGUGUCCCCAUCCAGCAUCGCCCUGAGGACAGCAGCAGCCUCAUCACUGCCAGCACGUGGCAGUCCAGCCACCCUGCAGCCAGCGCUGGGUAGCGAUGCCCACCAAGCCCUGCACAGCGUCUCCCCCAGCCCCAGCAGCAGCGUCACCGCAGCACCGCAUGCCAAGUCCCCUGAUGUGGGCCUGGAAGGUGACCUGGGGGCUGGCAUGACCCACCUCCCACCCCGCACUGCCCUGACGCAGAGAGCAGCUGGCUCCCUGUCCCUGAGCUCUGGAAGUGCCGUGACUGAGCUGGCCAUGGGCCCUUCUGCUCACGCAGUCACAGCCACCCCAGAAACAGGUUGGGAUUCAACCUCAGCCAAGAGAAGGUUGUUUCUCAUCACCAACGACUACGUCACCCACCCGAGUAUGAGCCAGGAGGCAUCUCUCCAGGGCCACCUUGGGGCUGAGCCAACUCCAGAUGUGCCAGCUAUUGCCCAUGGUACCUGGCCAGCUUCCAGACAUGCACUCACCAGUACUGAACCACCACCAGAGCCAUCCACCGAGGGGGGUGAUGCUCCCCCAACCAGGUCGCCAACAAGCUUUCGUCUCCUGGCUCCCAGAGGCAGUCGCGCUGCUCUGCCAGCCUCGUUAGAUGCCGGCCCAGCAUCAGACACAGCCAGUCUCCUCCUCGGCACCACCGCUGCUCAGACACCCCCACUCGCAUCGCUGCCUGUCACCAAAAAUGCAGCUGCAGAGGGAACCAGGAGCAGAUCACAGCCAGCAGGAGACGGCAGCACCAUGCAGACAGCUGUGGGCUCAAACCCAGUUGAAAAUGCAACAGCAGACGCCUGGACAAGCAGGACAGACAGCGUAAACACCUCUCCUGGGCCAGCUCUGCACGCAUCGAACCCCUCCAGAGCCAGCGUCACCCCUCAGCCACGCGCAGCCUUGUCAGACCAGAGUGACAGCACUGCUGAGCCAACAGCGGACACAUCCUCCCCGGCCACCAGGGAUGGGGCGGUGGGGCCAGCCCCAGGACAGCCCCCAUCCAUCACUGCUGGGGCUGAACUAGGUGCCCACCACAUGCCUCCGGCGGUACCAUCUGCCCCGAGCAGCAAGAGCAUCACGGCAGGGGCCACGGUGGGUCCGUCCUCACCAGUGGUGCCCAGCUCCACCCCGGAACCGGCCAGAGCAUCUUCCCCAGUGCUCGGUCCCAGCACGGCUGAGCUGGGGGGCGGCACAUCCUCUCCCGUUCCUGGCAGCACCAGGCCAGUGGUGACGGCAUUCUCUGGCAUCACCAGUGACAGCAUCACCGGGACGGCAGCAUCCUCCUCUGCUGCCCUGGCUCCUGCCCUGCGUCUCAGCAGCAGGGCCAGUGCAGAGCUCAUCACAGCAGCAACCUCCUCGCACGGCCCCCAUGGCACCUCUCAGCCACCAACAGAGCCCAUCAAAAGCACCAGUGAACCCUCCACAAGGUCUUCCAGCCCAGGCACCGACCGAGCCCAGCACAAGCCCUUGGCCGGGGUGUCCUUGCCAAGUGUGGUUAGCACACGCGCAGGAGAAAGCACAGCCACGUCCUGGGCAGGUGCCAGCAGUACCACGGCCCCAAUGGAGACUGCCGCGUCCUCCCCGGGCCCCUCCGAGAGCAGGGCUGCUGGUGCAGCAUCCCCCUCCAGCAGCAAGGACAUCGCUGUGCCCAUCACCGGCACCUCUGACACAGAGAGGAAGAGCAGCACGACACCCCCAUCAGCUGAUGACGCAGCCCCCAUGCCAGCCACCGGUGUGCCCCUCACAGCCCCCGAGCGCACCGCCACGCUUCCACUGACUGACACCGCGCUCCCGCUCCGCAGCCCGUCGCCAAACCUCAGCACAGUGCCGCCGGAGCAAACGCCUUCCCUGCUCGCCCCUGACUUUACUGCUUGGCCAGCAAGGGGCACGGCAGCCCCUGGGGAGUCACCGUCAAGCACGGUGCCAUCGAGCACCGGCUCUAUGGCCACUGGGGCAACUGCAGGCGCAGCUGUGGUGGCCACGGCUAGCAGCGCAGCCCAGCCAGCACUGGACACCUCGUCCCCGCUUACGAACAGGUUAACAUCCGCAACAAGCGCCACGACCUGGAGUUAUGCUCCUAUGGAGGACGCAGCUGGUCUGUCCUCUCCAGGGACUGGCAGUCUCCCAGCUGGACCACUGCAACAGCUGACGACCCCCGCAAACAGUGUCUCUGAGGCCGAUCGAGCAGGUGGCACCUCACCCACCCGACCCACCACCACCAGGCUGCCACUGGGCAGAGUCCCCUCCAGUCACACUGUCAUACCAAUCGGCCCACCCAGAGGGGAGAUGUCCACGGCUACCGCAGCCAGCAGGACAGCUGAGACAUCAACUGCCAGAGCAGGGUUUGCCAUGGCAAAGGCCGCCAGCACCAGCAAUGCCCUGUCCCCUGCUUCAGAGCAACCCGUCACAAAUAACCAGGCAGAUGGUCAUGCACUAUCCAGCCCUGGUGGUGUUGACAUAGGGGACGAAGGUGUGAGCCCAACUCCCGUGGCUGUCAGUGGGCUCACUGCUUCCCCAGCUGCACGUGGUGCUGCUGAGAAGGAGACAACUAUGAUGGUGCCUGACGAUACAGCAGUUGGGAACAGCACAGGCCUGGCGCCUGCUCCACUCACACGCACAGCUAUAGCCAAGCCCACCACCACCAUGCUUGCAACAGUCGGUGAAGACACCACAACUGCAUCACAGACCGCCCCAGCUUUGCCUGUCUUCACCCCCUCACUGAGUGAAGCAACCACAAGCAAAUCAGCGUUAAUCACAGACAGCGUCCCAGCUCAAACAGCUGCCAGGGCGGCCCCUGGGAGGAAUGAGGUGGCAGCCAGCCUGCCUUCCUCGGUCACCAGCAGCACCCCAGUGCCAGAGGGGCCAGUCCCAGGCCAGACAACAGCCGAGCCAGCGACUGCAGCACUGGGAGCAAGAGACGUAACUGCAACCAUCUCCCGAGCCUCCAGCACUGCACCAGCAGCUGAAACACUACUGGCCGCUCUCAGUGGGACAGCAGCAAGCCCCCACCUCAGUCCCAGCACGACUAGCAGUGGAUCGGGAUCGUCUGUCUUAUCUCCCGCUAUGCGCACUACAACGAGGCCAACCAAUGGGUCCUUGGAGGUGCCUGGCCCCAGCCACGCCAUCACGGUGCCCAGGACGCCUUUCCCCAGCAAGCGCAAUGCAACAGAGGAGCCGAUGACUGGGCCAUCUUCCAUACUGAAUAACGGUGCAACCGCGGGGUCAGCAGCCUCCCUGGCAGUCAGAUAUGCUACAUCCAAGACAGCAACAGGCACCUCCUCUCCCACAGCCUUCAGCAACCCUGCAGCAGGACAGGCACCAAGCACGUCGCCUCCCAUUGCCCAGACAUCCCUGGGGCAACCUAUCUUGGAGGAGAAAACAGCUGAACCUUCCAGGAGCAGCCCAACCAUCAUCGUUCAUGAUGUCCCAGGCAGGCCAACAAGCCGCAUUUCCUCUCCUGCGUUCACCACCAUGACCAGCCCCACAGACACACAACUGGGAAAUGUCACGGCUCUACCCAGCUCUCCCAGUGUCCUGGCUGAGCUGGCACUAAUACCGACUUCCCCUGGGCAUGGGACAAUAGAUAGCACCAGCACGAGUCCCCUUCAUGUCCCCAGUGAUGACACAGCCAACGAGCUGACCGCAGCAACCUCCCCCACAGUCCUAGACAGCAAUGCAGUGGGGGCAGCUAAGGUUGAACCCCAAUCUGGGGUGCUUCCCACACUUGCAAGAGGCCUCACCACCCUGCAGGAAGGUUUGGGGCCUUUCUCUGUCUUUGGCACCCAUACAGCUGUGCCUGUCCUUGCAGCAGGUGGCCAGGCUGGAUUGCAGCCUGCCUUUGCCUCCACGUCCAUCCCUCCUGCCUCUGCCACCAGCCCAGAGCCAGGCACCACGGACAAAACCAGCCCCUCACCGUUUCUGCUCGUGUCAGCAGGAUCUGGAAAUGGAGUGGCCAAAACAGGGCUUGCAGAAAAUGUCACCCCAGCGGCUCUCACCACCAUGGCCAUCUCACCACGCAGCAGGCUGCCCAACCCACUUGCGAGCCCAGCCCAGCCAACCGUGACACAGGCCAGCCCAGCUGAGGAGGGAGGAGGCCUCCUGGGAGGUGGCACUGCCACGGCACCAGGGAACCCACCGGCAGCCACCAGCCCCACUGCCACCACAGCUCCGACUUCUGGGACACAGAAAGAACCAGCCACAGCACCAAGAGCUUCUACCCAUGCUAUCUCUAGCCACAGAAAUCCCAUGCUUACACCUUUGCCUGAGCCCCGACCCACCCCAGGGCUUAGCAUUCCAGCUGUGUCGCUAUACCCAUACGGCGCAGAGGAAAACGACAGAGGAUACGUCGAAAGGAAGGUGGAUUUUAAUUCCCCACUGUUCAAACCAGAGAUCGGAUUCCCUUUUGGGAAAACACUCCAUGACUCUCUCUACUUUACAGAUAAUGGACAAAUCAUUUUCCCGCCUAUGGAAAACUAUGUCCCCUCCAACCCUAACCCACCUCCCCAGGGGUUCAGUGGCCAUGAGAGUUUGCCGAUGGUGGCUGCGUUUUGGGACGAUGCAGAUUUUUCCCAGGGUGACGGCACCACCUGGUACCAGGAAUACCUCACCCUUGGAUCUACCCGAAAUGCCCUCGUCCAUGAUGUGGAAGUGAAGAUCAAGAGAUAUAUGAAAAUUUCAUACACAGCAAAAUGGACCCUGAAGGUGACCUGGGAGGAGGCUCCAGCAUACCCAUCCCAGCAGGACGACAGUCAAACAAACACAUAUCAAGUGGUCCUCACCACCGAUGGGAACCAGGCCUUCGCCCUGCUCCUGUACCAAGACGGUGGCAUGCGGUGGGAUUACACCAAGCUCGCAGCAAGGAACGUGCUCAUCGGCUUUUCCAGUGGUGAUGGAUAUGCCCAAAAUAAUGAGCUGACUGAAAAGCCACCAGCUGUUAAAUACCGUCCUGACCAGUACAGAGGCUACGACAUUGAUCUGCGUGGGCUCUGGAUCUACAAGCUGGACAGUCAUCCCCGGGUGAACUACAGGCUGCGCUGCCUUGCGUGGUUGGUGACACAGCCAGAUCCAGCCAGCUGGAACAGAGACCUGCCACCCUGCCCCUGCUCGCGGCCCCAGGCAGAGCUGGACCCCCGCUACCGGCGGAGCAGAGGCCUGGUAGAUGCCUCUGUGACCAUGCUGCGCACCUCAUCCCCAAACCAGGCUGGAGCUGGGGUCCGGUGUCUCUACCGGGAUGAGAGUUUGCUCGAAGGUUGGCAGGAGAGGGUAUGGAGCCUUCCCCUCCACCCCACCACCGAUGAAGAGCUGGAGGCCUUCGACUGGUGCUGCCAGCAAGUGGAGAAACCCUCGUUCUGCACCAGGUUUGCCGAGAAGAGACCAAGGGCCAGCUGUGAGGGAUAUGUGCCACCCACCCCUGCCAGCGCCUUCGGAGACCCCCACAUUACCACCCUGGAUGGGCUCACAUACACCUUCAAUGGGCUUGGCGACUUUGUCCUCCUGCUGGCCAGUGAUGCCCGGACCAGUUUUACCUUGCAAGGGCGCACCGCCCAGACUGGCACAGCCCCGGCCACCAACUUUGUGGCUUUCGCUGCCCAGUAUGUCUCCACCACCAACACAACAGUCGAGUGGACCCUGGGAAGGCAAGGCAACAUCCAAGUCCUGCUGAACCAUGAGAUCAUCCAGUUUUCCUACUCCAGAGACAUGGAUGCUGAGGUGUAUUACAGCCCGGGAGUCCUGGUGGUCAAUUCUUCCUCCAUCACAGCCAUCUUUGACAAGGCCGUCGCCGUCUCCAUCUCGGCCACCUCUGGGAUCCUCAAUGUGGUCUGCAGCCUGCCCAAUGAGUACCUCAACAGCACCAAGGGCCUGCUGGGUGUGUGGGACCACAACCCAGCAGAUGACUUCCAGAUGCCGAAUGGCACCAGCAUCCCUGGGAACAGCAGCGAGGAGGAAAUCUUCAGCUAUGGGAUGACGUGGGCUGUUGGAGAGCACAGCCUGUUUGCUGAGCCACUGGCAGCUCUGGUAACGAACUUCACGCCUGUCUUCUUGUCUCGACUGCGGCAGGAGAAUGAAAGCCAGUACCAGCUGGCAGCCUUGCAGUGCCGCGGGAGCAGGGAGUGCAUCUACGACACACUGAGCACUGGGGAUGUGGCCCUGGGCUUGGCCACCCAGAGCCUUGCAGCUGAUUUCCAGCAGAAGAAGACAGCUCUAAACGCUUUCCCUCCUAUCAUCACCGGUGAUGCUUCGCUCACAGCCUACAGGAUGGAAAGGGUGACGAGGCAGUACCGAGCGGAGGGGACAGGCGCGCGGUUCGUCCCCCAUGUCUCGCCAGAGCUCAACAUAACGGAGAACGGCACCCUCACGUGGGAGCCCACCAGCACGGCCCCGUUCACGGUCAGCCUGGAGGCCAUCGGAGCCAACAACCUCUCCGCCAUCCUUCUGCUCAGCUUCACUCUUUGCAACUGCAGUAGGAGCCACCAGUGCGACUACAGCGACACCACCACCGUCAGCGGCUCUUCCCUGCAGCUCGCAGCCUGCAGGUGUGACGAUGGCUACUCAGGUCCCUUCUGCCAGCACCCGCCAGACCCCUGCGCCCAGGGCUGCUUCCCCGGCGUGAGCUGCCACCCGCGCGCCGGCUGCGGCCCCUGCCCCGCCGGCCUCACCGGCGACGGGACGCACUGCGCAGAUGUGGACGAGUGCGCGCGGGGGACGGCGUGCCCGGCGAACGCCACCUGCACCAACACCGCGGGCGGCUACGCCUGCGCCUGCGCGCCCGGCGAGGCUGGCGCGGGGCCGGGCUGCACGGCCGCGUGCGGGUCCCGCGCCUGCCCCCCGGGCUACUGCAGCAAUGGGGGACGCUGCCGCCUGGAGCCCGGCACCUGCGUGCCCUCCUGCCUGUGCCCCCCCGCCUUCACCGACCGGCGCUGCCUGGUGGCAGGCGGCAAUUUUCAGCCCCCGGCUAGCCCAGAGCUGCCCCGGCGGAGCGUGCAGCUGCGGGUCCGGACGCUGCAGAACGUCACCGCUGGGGACGUCGACGGCACCGUCGCGGCCGUCCUGGCGUCCCUGGAGGUGAAGGCUUUCCGGAGCAACACCAACGUCACCCGCACGGACGACCGUGGCGGCUUCACGUUCGCGGUGGUGUCCGAAUUUGCCUACAACAGCACCGGCGCUGUGAUCCGCUUCCUGAACGAGGAGCUGCGAGGGGCCAUCACGGCCGCCUUCAACGGGCCGCCCGGGCGCGGGCGGCGGGCGGCGGGCGCGCGCGUCGUCUUCCAGCGCUUGCACGCGGAUAACGUCACCGACCUGGUGAAGCUGACGGUGUCGGAGCUGAGGCGCUAUUUCCCCUGCGGCCUCUCCGGCUACCGAGGCUACCAGCUAGACUACGUGGCGAGCGUCGGCUUCCUCUGCGUGUCCCCCUGCAACACGGGCUACUGCCGGCACGGCGGCCGGUGCCAGCACCUGCCGGACGGGCCCACGUGCAGCUGCAUCCCCUUCUCCAUCUUCUCCCCCACCGGUGAGCGCUGCGACCAGCUCGCCGUCAGCCUCGGCGCCUUCAUCGGCAUCUUGCUGGGGGCGCUGGCUCUGCUGUCCCUCCUGAUCGCCUCCGCCUGCCUGGUGGCACGGCUCUGCCGCCGGCACACAGGCACCGAGGGGGCCAAGGAGUCCUUCUGGAGACCACGGCCGUUCUCCUCUCUUACCAAGGCAGAAGAUGGAGCAGAAACCACCCCCUCUGAGGCCUCUGAGUGGUACUGGGCACAGCAACUCCAAGCCAUCGACCCGUCACUUCAGAUAAGGAUCAUGAGACCUCAUAUUCGGCCUCUAAGCCAACCAGCUCAACAACUGUAGCAUGCUGCAGUCUCCAAGGCAGCUGACUGCGGCUGUUCCGUCUUUGCCACCUCCGGCUGCGUGUG